GCAGUGCAUCCCCAUCCCCCACACAGUGACCGUCUCUCCGGGUGAAAGCUGUCUCCUUCUCCUCAGCGCAACUGGCCCCCGACAAAACGCUGCCGUAGCACAGCCAGUCCACACCGAGCCGAGCAGAGCAGACACACGGGAGAGAGCACGUACGCACCACCGGAGAAUCUUGUUUCAUUUUCCUCAAUUAUUCGACCGAGUGACUUCGAUUUGCAUAUCCACUUCCACUCCUUCCUCAUUUGCAUACAGCAAGAAUGGCGAGCGGGCAUCCCACAGACAAAUUCAGUUUCAUGUAUCAACCAGACACGCACAAGAGUAAGAACAGAUUAGCUUCAGCUAUGAAUCCAGUCUACAGCCCUGUUCAGCCUGGCACCCCUUAUGGAAACCCAAAGAACAUGGCGUUCACAGGUUAUCCAGGAGGGUAUCCUGCCGCGGCUCCCCACUAUACCCCCAACCUGUAUCAAACAGGUAGUCCUGGGUAUCCACCAGGUGAGCUCUGGCACACACCAUUUGAUGGCUUUGUUUAUCUUACAAAAGGAUAUACUGCAGCAGGCACCCCAUACAAAGUGCCACCCACUCAGUCAAAUGGAGCACCCCCUCCCUACACCCCAACCCCCACCCCAUACCCAACAGCUAUGUACCCUAUCCGCAGUGCCUACCCUCAGCAGAACCUAUACGCACAGGGAGCGUAUUACACCCAGCCUGUGUAUGCGGCUCAGCCACAUGUGAUCCAUCACACCACUGUGGUGCAGCCCAAUAGCAUCCCCUCCACAGCCCUCUACCCUGCUGACAACGCCCCAGCACCCCCCGAUUGGAGGACACCCAGUUACUGUGCCAACCUACAGGCCCCAAGGGACACCUGGGUACAGCUACGUACCACCUCACUGGUAGAGCCCACCAAUCAUGUCUGGAGUCCACCAUCGUAUGCAACUGCUCAAAUCUUACACGGGCUCCCGCUGGUAACCACGGGAACUCCGCACCUGUCUGCAAGAACAAAACUAAAGUGCAACAGCCACUUUACUUUUAUUUUUAUUGUUAUUAUGCGACAUUCUCUUAACAUUCUUACAAAAGCUGCUUUUAUUUUUUAAAUUUUAUUUCUCUGUUCAUUUGCCAACCAGUCAUUACUUUAUUUUGUAUGUUUAUUUUUUUUUUUUUCUCUCAUUUUUCUUUGCUGUGUCUGUCAUUGGAACUCCAGAAGGACUCUUUGACCAAUCACGGGUGUCGGUUGCUCCUGUUUCUGUGUUGUGCUGGUGUGUGUGGUCCCGCCUGCUGCUGCUCAGUUGGCUGGAUAAUAUUGGGCACUUACUCCUUGUUAUCAUCUCCCAUCAUUCACUACAAAGACUUACUGACUUAUGCUGCCAAAUUUUCUAACGACUAGAUAUCAGCACAGGGUUUUAACAUAAUUAGGAUUUUUGGGGGGGAUUAUUUAAUUUUUCUUACUUUUUACCACACUCAACUGGAUUGCUUAACUUUUCCUGUAGACUUCUUAUUUUCUACCUUGGUCAUUCCUUCCUCUUCAUCCUUUAUUUUAUCGGAUUUGUUUCAUUUUUUAUUUAAAUCUCGGUGGUCUUCCAGCAUGUAGCUGUCUGUCCGGCUGUAGUCUGUCAGUCACCGUCGUCCUUUCGUCUCCAUGUGAGUUGCUGUGUUAGGAGCAGAGCACUUGCUGCCCAUCGCCCACCCAGCUGCGUGUCCCAGCCUGUCCACAUUAGCUUAGCACCUAGCACAUACAUAAGAAAUUACCACCUUCUUCAUGCUGCAUACUAUGCAGGCUAGUAUGUUUGCGACACAAACGGAAUCUUUACCUAGAGCUAGAGAACAUUUCGGGGUUGUUCGGGUCCUCAAGCUUUUUUUAUUGUGCUUAGCGUAGGUUAACGCAUUGAGAAAAUGCUAAAUAUUAAUUCUAACCGUGUCAACAGCAUGGGUGGUCGUACACACUCACACACUGACUCCUGCAGUGUGUUGGAAAACACAUGAUCACUUAGUGGCACUUACUGAACAGUACCUCCCAGUCCAACACAAGCAUACACACGGGUUUCUAGGGGUGUGCAUUGCAGACACAGCCAGCAGAGAAGGAGUUUAAAGGGAUUGUGUUGGCACCAGGAGAGCAGACUGGGGAGCAGACAACCAUGGGAGGAGGAGGAGGAGGUGAUGACGUUCACAGUCGGUUGUUUCAUUUCAAGGUACAAGACAUUUGAGUUGGUAACAUCUUACUUGCAAGAAACUGCUGUCACAUUCUGCUAAUUUUGCACUAUAUGUAUUGUACAUUGAUUUCUCGCUGUGAUCAUAUCGUCUCCUCCUCCUCCUUCAUUCCAGACCAGGACUAAUAACCAAACCGAAAAGCCAGAUUAUUCAAUUUAAAAUGCACCAUUCAAAUGUGCUGAUGUAUGGAUUCACUCCAUUAGUCCGUUUUGUCAGUGCUCUGAGCUCUGAAAAGGCCGAACAAAUGAGGUUUCUGGGUCGGGUGCUACAUUAGGAAGUCAGGAGGCUGUAUACACCUUGUCUGUGUCGUAUUCGCGGCUUGGAGUUCUCAGAAAUUGGGGUCAAAAGUCGGUGAUCAAGAGCAAAAAAUGAACUGCAAUCAAAAAGCAGUGAUGUUUUUGUUUUAAUUGCUGGAGCUUGAAAUUGUGACGACUCGGCGUCUCUGUCACUUCAUUUUAACCCAGUUAGCUUCUUUUGACAGGAGGUAAAGAGCUACGCGACCUUCAAGGGGCCAGUAAGUGGCUUUGAGACUUUUAGCAGUAUUAUGAGAAAAGAAAAUUCAGUUGUUUACUGUGUUAAUUCUGCCGGAGUCAGAGAUUUACACAUAUUUGGUUUUACUGACUGCAUUUCAACAUUGCUCUUCAUUCUUUUCAACAAAAACCUUUUAUUUUAUUAAAAGUCAUUUCAUGGGGACAAUAUUACAGCCAGUGAGAGCUGGAUCAUAUACAGCUGGUUUUGUUCACGCUAAGGUGUCUACAUCCACAGUAUGAUGAUUAAUCACUGAGUCUUGUUUAUUGGUCCUUGGCUGGAGGACGUGUAUGGUGCGGGGUUGUGGUGGUGGUGGGGUUUGAUAAUUAGGUGAGGCCUGUGGCAUUUAAAAAAAAAAAAAAGAAAUAAAACCAAAAAAAGUAUAUAAAAAUAAAAAAAGAUCAAAUCACAACUUCUGUAGAGGACAGGUUGGUUUAGCAAAAGCAUUUACUGUGCUGGUAUGUAGAUGAAGUGGUUUGAUAUUGCAAUAAAACAAGAGGGAAUGCCUCCAGCUGUUUAACACAGUAAUUAUUUUAUCAGCGUUUUGAAUUGAUUUUUGAAUAAAAUGCUUAUUGUUGUAAUCUCUAAAUAUGGAUCACAGGCUCUGUAAGCAGCCUCCAUUCAAUAAUUAUUACACUUAACUGCUAAGAAGAGUAGAACAUAUCAGAAAUGUGGGAUAAUGAAUAACUUUGUGAGGAAAUAUUGCACAACAUAAGAGAACUUGAGGACUACAAUUUAAUGCUAAGUAACAGGUACCUAGGCUGUGUAGUGCAAAUGGGAGGAAGAAGCAAUUUAUAUUGUAAUUUUAAAAUAUAAACCAAUAAGAUCGAGUGUUUUGAGGUAUUCUUAGUCCAGAUGUUUGUACACUAGUAGGUUAAUUCUCAAGAAAAUACUCAAUAAUGUUGCUGUCGGAUGAAAACCAUUUAUCUUUGAGCCUUAUCUUAAAUAAUGACCCCUGUAUUUUAGAAGACAUGAAGUGGUUGUUAUUGACACAAGGGUCAUCGAACGUUCCCACCACGUAUGGAUCAGAGAAAAUACAGAAACUGGAUUUUCUUGCGACAGCAGUAAUAUUACUUGUCAUUAGGAUUUAUUUAACUAACCACUACUUCUGUCAGUAUUUCUCCAUUUGUUUUUGUUUGGGUUUUUUUUUUUACGUUAUUUUGCUUUUUUUCUCAUUUCCCUCUGGUCAAUUAAGCAUAUUGGGUAUGCAUAAUAUUCAGGUGUAUUUAACUAUAGCAUUGGAUCUCUAAGUUUAAAAAAAAAAAAAAAAUGCAGUAUAUUUAUACAGCAAGUGGUACAGUAAUGUAUUUCUAGCUAAGCAUGGUUGCAUCAGUGUGGCAGCUACUGUUUGUGCUUUUACAUUUUUUUUUACCUCUUCUGCAUCUCUGUCCUCUACAUAUCUGUCACUGUGGUAGGGGGGAGUAUUUAGGAUGGAGUAUAAGGCCGUAUGGAGAAAAUUGCCCAUAAUAUUCGAAGAAUAAUGUGGAAACGUCAGAAUAGUACGACAAUAAAAACUUAAAAGAAAUAUGCAGCAAGGAGAACCGGUGUUUGCUGGAGUUGCUCUCCUGGAUCCAAAAUCUUGAACGAAUCUCAUUGCUUCUUGAGAAAGUACAAAACAGGCUGAUCUUCUGAUAUUCCCCCUCUAACAUGACACAUAACCUAAAAUUAGGACUUUAUUUUUGUAAUAUUACAAUUUUAUUCUCGUAAUAAUACAACUAUAAAUUCUCAAAAUCUCAGCUAUUUAACCCAAGGUCUGUAAAUAAAGUUAGGCCUUGUUGAGAUUCCCACAUUUUUACGAUUGUUGCCUGGAUUUUCAGACUUUAAGGAAGUAAGGAUGAACGACGGAACAGAAAUGGAUUGUAUUAUUUUUGGCUGGGUGAAAAAAGGGUAACCAUUCCUCGCUGUCCGUUUCUGUUUUGCCACUACAAAGAUGAAUCGAACGUUGUCUCAGAAACCCUCAGCCUCCAUGCCCUUUGUUCUGUGCCAUAUUUCACCAACUAUUGUUCAGUUAAUAUUAGUUUCUUCUCCUCAGUAAACUGGUUAAGUCUGAGUCCUUAUGUCCUGCUUCCUGUGAAUGUGUUUUCCUGUCGCUCUUCCUGUUUCUCACAUUGUCGUUGAUGCAUAUUGCCAGUCUCACUUUUCUGUUUCUUACUCUCUUGUUUCCACUUCGUGCCACAAACUCCUGUUCAGAGGCCAUUUUGCAUCCCGUCAAACACUCGUUUCAUUUUUGCCACAUUCAGGGAUGCACAAUGUGAUGAUCUGUUCUGCUCCCUCCCUUCUUUUCCUUCAGCCCUCUGCUCUCAUGUUUCUGGCCUCUCUGUGCGUCUCAGUCCGACCUUUGCAACCCUCACCACCCCCAACUAAAUAACAGUUAUACCGAAUUAUACAAUGGUCGUUAAAUUGCUGUUCUUACUGGUGAUAAUCUACUGUACUUAUGGCAUGCGUGAUAUUCCACUGAGCCUUUUUUAACACUAGGUGUCACUGGUGACAAAGUCUAGAAGUGGCAUCACCAUAGUUUGAGGCUUUGAGCCAGAAUGAUAAAGGAAAUGAUUUUUCAGUCAUUUAAAAUUCCCAAUUUGGUGUCACAUUGAGAUUCUUUAUUUAGAGGUUGGACUUAUCCGAGUUAAAUGUUUUUUUUUUCUUCUCAGAAAUGCCAUUUUGGACGACAACAGAAGCCAAAUACAUUUUUAUUUGUCUUUCUUACAGGAGAAGUAAAUUUUGUUUGAGUUAAUAAUAAGAGAGGGGUUUUCUUUCCUAGGCUGUGGACCAACGCUCUUUAAAAACUGUAACACUGUUUUAAUAUGGCGGCUCAGUAGAGAGGCAGACCCCGCAGAGCAUUCUGGGAGAGUAGAAUUUGUAAGUGUCUCCCUAAUCAGCAGGCUCUGUUUUUCCUGGGUGGUGAAACAGCUUCCUUAUUUCACUCCAUUCCUCGCCUCUUAAGUUUUAAUUUGCACUUAAGUGAAAACAAUUGAAAACACUCUGGUGUGUUUUAGGGGGGGAAUUGCAAAGUUGUCUUAAUCGCAGGUCCUUUUUUCUUUCUUUUUUUAAAAAUUGUUUUACUUCUCUCAUUUCCAAACAUUAAAGGUGGUAAUUUUUGAAGCGGAAUACUCUUUUUUUUCAGUCUGUUUAUAUGUUGCGCUUCUUCACCUUGAUGGUGGAAACGCAUCCAGAAACAUUUACAACUCUACUUUACUUCCACCUUCCCUCUGUUUUUCUUUUUUUUGCCUUGCAGUUGCUAAGUCUUAGUUUUUCUCUCUUUUCCCAUCAGUAUAAAUUAAAACACUACUAUCUCAGUGAAUAGUAGGCUCUUAAAUGUCGUUGAUGUUCUGCUGCAGCUUUUUUUCAUUUUGAUUUGUCAGUUUCAAGUUUAAUUUGACACUAAAUGUGAUGCAAAAAGUGGAAAUUCCUUGUCUUCCAAAAAAAAACAAAAAAACCGAAACAUACUUGUAUCCGCCCUGGAUCGAGUAUUAGGAACAACCCCAUCUUUGGAAGUUUUAGUUUGGUACCCAGUUUGCACAUGCUAUGGUAUAUCUGUUACCGUAAGGUUGUGUUCGAAACUGAAGCCCAACGUCUGUUCAGCGUUGAGAGAAGUGAAUUGUAUGUUAGCUAUUUGGUCCAGAGUGAAGGACCUGCGUCAGGCUUGUGAUAUGAAGUGUAAAUCUGUUUUUAAUUUUUUUUCUUUUUUUUUUAAUGUUUUUUUGUUGUUGAGGGUUUUUUUUUUAAGAUCAGUUAGUGAUCUUAGUACUAUAACUAAGCCAAGUUUGUAAUUGUAUAUUUACUGUAAAAUGUAGAACAUUGAAUAACUAUUAAAAUUUUCCUAUAAAAGGAA